AUGGUGAAGAGGAAGAAAGAGAAAAAGAAUGAUCUCCGUAAACUACCCAACGCUAAAGCUUCGACCAAGCUUCCCGCAUCACAACCACAAUCGACUACGUCAAGAUCUACAUUAGGACUUUUAUAUCAAAAAGUAUUUGAUCCAAGACCACCUCCAAUUUUUGAUUUUGGACUUUUCAAUCCUGCAUAUUUACCUUUAGUUCCUGAACACCAUAUCAAAAUGUCAAUUGAUAACGCAAAAGUUUUGAAAACAGAGCCAUUGGACCCUGCCAAGGCAAAAUGGACAAAACUUGUGUUAUCAACGUAUCGCGAUCCCCGAGGAAAAGUUCGUGAUUGGGAACAUGCGGAACGAUCUACUCGACCGAAGUCAUCUGAGAUAGACGGUGUUGGAAUUGUUGCCAUAAUACAAAAAGAGACCGGCCCGGAAUUAGUUUUACAGAAGCAAUACCGACCACCGUUAGAUAAAGUAGUGAUCGAAGUACCCGCCGGACUUAUUGAUGAGGGGGAAACUGCAGAGGAAGCAGCUUUAAGAGAAUUGAAAGAAGAGACUGGUUAUGUUGGAGUCUUGAGUGAGAGUACACCCAUAAUGUUUAAUGAUCCAGGAUUUUGCAAUACGAACCUCAAAAUGGUACAUGUUACGAUCGAUAUGUCUGAUUCAGCCAACCAGAAUCUAGUGCCCGAACUCGAAGAGAACGAAUUUAUUGAAGUAUUCACUUUACCUCUAAAGGAUUUAUGGGAGACGUGUAAAAAAUGGGAGAAAGAAGGAUAUGCGAUCGAUGCCCGAGUAGGAACUUUGGCUGAGGGCAUUGAAGUUGCUAGGACACUGAAUUUAUUCUCAAAAUAA